AUGAUUGGAGCGUCCAGUCUCUCAGGGGACACCCUGAUAGCGUGUCACUUCCCUGUGGUUCAGCUUCCCACAUGGCAACUUCCAGUCCAGGCCUUGUGCAGCUCGGCCAAGAGGCCUGGCCGUCUGUGCUCAGUAGGCCUGACCCGAGCUGUGUCACUACCAGAGCAAGACUCGCUCGACCGAGAGCAUGCCUUCACCGGUGGCCGAAGACAUUUUUCCAGCAGCUACAGUAGUCUCAAUGAGGACCGAGCGGAGGAGGAGGGGGCCAGCGACAGCAGCGGGAGAUGCGACUCCACCUCGUCACCAGAGGAGACGAGCUCCCAUCUAAAGAAGGAAAGCUCUGAGGGUAGAGGCAGUCUGCGGUCGCGCAACUCAUUCCUUCCCAAUACAGAGCUAGAUGUGGAUGAGGAAGAUGAAGAUAGUGAUGGAGAUAAUCUGCACAGAUAUCAUGAGGACUCAUCUUUUGUAUUGCAUGGAAAUUCUAAUUGGCCACUAAGCAAUCAUGGCAGAAAUUAUACAAUGCCACGUGGAGACAUGGACAGUGAAUGGGGAAAUGAAGGGACAAUGCUGGGCACUGAGAGUGACCAAGAGUGGCUCUCUAACCAGCCUAACCAGCUGGGCCCAAUGCAGACUGAAUGCCAGUGCUUUCAUUUGAACAGAUCUGGCAUCACCAUCAGGGCUUGUGGAGAGCAGGUCUCAGACAGACUGAAGGAUAACACGUCCUGCGACAUCCACAGCCAACACAAAUUUUCCCCAGAAUUGUUGUCCAACAGUCACACAGAGUAUGUCAGCGACUCUUCCUGUAACAGUUCUGAUGGCGUCUUGGUUAACUUCUGCACUAUCUAUAACAGGAGCAACAACCCCGCCACGCCUCAUGACCUUAGCAGCCCUGCAGUUAACCUUUCUCAAUCAUGUGAGGGAUCUGUGUUCCUUAACCUCCAACCUGUUCCCCAGACUCUGACCGAGGACCUCCAACAAGAUGACAUGACAGUUACCUCUCCCCCGAAAGACCAGUCUGACAUGGCGCCCUCUGCUUCCUGCUGGUCUCCUCAGGGCCUCGACUCUAACUGCAACGUUUACUCCAUGGAGACGCUAGCCCCAGGUCUCUCUUCUCUGGAGGUAUCAGACCUGACUGCCUGUCUUCAAAGCCAGGCCACACUGACCAUGGGGACCAACCAGAAGUACUACAAGCUUGUGACUUGUGACCUCUCCUCCCAGUCACCCAGCCCAGCCUGGUCCAGUCUCACCAGCUGCCCCGAGGGUCAGAAGAGAAGCAGCCCCUUCCCUCCCUUUGACCACCUCUUUAUUCAUCAUAAGAAGGAAGGACAACACAAAGAAGAAAAGACGGGUCAGCAAAAGGAAAAGAGGAUUUCCUCAGCACAGUGCAGCACUGGGUUUGACUGCUCCCAGUUUCAGACCUAUGAUUACCGGCUUGCCACCACCUCCACUGACAAAGCCCUCUGCAGGAAGAAACAAACAGACAGCAUCCGGAACCUCUCCCUAACUCCGUCUUCACUGUGCCCCAGCCAGUGUAGCCCACAUAGCAGCAGUAAAUGCCAAGACACAAGUGCUGUGUCCACACAGCCAUCUGUGAUUCUGGACCAGGAGCACUGUAAUACUGACGCUACUGAGAAGGGCGCAUGUUCAUUGGAAAAUGCAGUGGUGCGUUACAGUAAGGCCCAGAGGCCGACCUCGCUGCCCAUUCAGCCCUUCAUUCUGAUUCCCACAGGCAAACCCCAGUCCCAGACCCAACACCUGGGCUGUCUUCUGGAACAGUACAUAAAUCAAAAGAGCAGCAAGUCUGGUAUCUCCCAGCCAGGCUUCAAGGGGAAGGGAAAAAGCAGUCAGUGCUUUUCUAAUCUUCAGCCAUCACCCAUGGGCAGCCACUGCCCCAUCUUCCUGGAAGCUCCUUCAAGCUCUGAUACCUGCUCCACCUGCACGCCGAGCCCGGAGUGCUUCCGCCGCAGACACACAUGGAGCCAGUCCAGCAGAAGCCAAGGAUGUCCGAAUCCAUGUACAUCAAAAAAUAGCUUUGAUCCAUCUCACCCCAACCCAAAGCCCAGAGUUCGGGUGCAAGAUAGAACAAGCCCGUACUCAGGCAAAACUCAGACUAACAGUUUUUUAAAUCUGAUCUCAGCCCCAAAUCAGUCGAAAAAAUCAGUUGUUAAAAUUCCCACCUACCAGGACCUGAUUGACCUCACCCCUGAGCAGAGCCAUGCCAACCUUAAGCCUGAAAGUCCCCAUGAGUCCCAGAACCACACUUCCUACCAUUCAGUAUUCUCUCAUACACCACCCACUUUACCCCUAACCACGGAUACACAUCACCCAAACCUGCAAGGCUCCUUAUCUCCUCCCACAUUCUCACAACCAGAAAAGAAAUUCCCACAGUACAGAGCUGCAACUGCUCCCGACUCUGGCCUUUUUCACGGCAGUAUUACAGCUGCCCUCUCCUCCGUAGCUCCUCUCUCGUCUUUGAGUUCUCUGCUCUCCUUGGCUGCCUCUGGGCUUCAUCCACAGCAAAUCCAGAACUCUGCUGGGUUCAGUGGGAAGCAUAGUCAGAAUCAGCACAGUGAAUCUCUGAUCCUGAGUGACAGGCCACCCACAGAAUUCUGCCUCUCGCCCGACACAUCAUAUGAGUCCCUGUCUAUCAGCCAUCUUCAGAGGAGAGGUUUGCUCAGGUCUGUGAGCAGGGCGGUGGAUUUGAUCAUGGCUCAUUUUGGCAGCAGCAGAGACCCUGACGAAAAGAUGCGUCUUGGUAACAGCUCUUGGAGUCCCACAAUUGCCGGUCUGGUCCUGGAACAUUUAUGUCCAACGAUCCAGAAUAUUUUAGAGGACGGGCUUAGGGAUCACAAACUGGAUCUCAUCAUCGGGCAGCGCCGCAACCACUCCUGGACUGUGGUGGAAGUCUCUACUAGGAUCGGUCCAUCCACCAGGGUGCUCCGCAGUCUAGUUUCAAAAAUCAAACAGUGUCCCCAGCUCAGUAGCCACUGCAUGAGACUGAGAGCAUUCAUAAUGGGCCUGCUUAACUUGAGAGCUUUGGAAUUCUGGCUCAGUCACCUGCAGAGUCAGAAAGAUGUCGUGACAACAUACUACCACUCUUGGGGAUUCUUGUCAAUGUCACUGGGUCGGUGUCAGCCCUUGUUUCAGGAGCUGCUGCUUCUGUUGCAGCCACUCUCUGUGUUGCCCUUUGACCUCAACUUGCUCCUGGAGCCCCGACUAUUACGUAACAGACAGCUGUGUCCUGAGGAGCAGGGUGCCUCUCCACCUACACCAUGCUCAGCUCUCCUAGUGACCAGCUGGCCACUACUGCAAGCCGACAGAAAGGUGGACAGCAGCCACAGCAAUCAGCAAACUAAGAUUUCACACCAGUUAGGUCAUCAUUACGAAGAGUCACUCAGUCCUCUGAAUUCAGGUUGCAUCAAGCAGCAAUGUGGAGGGAUACACGUUAACAGUGGUCCAUUGUUAGCUCCUAUUCCAGAGUGGUGGCCAAAAGAGUCUGACCUUAUGGAUGGUGUGGUUGAAGGGGAGGACUGUAGCCAGAAUUAUGCAGACACUAGGUCUCAAAUAAGUAUGGACAGAAGGCACAAAGAGAGGAGGAGAGAUGAAGACAAUGGGACCCCAGAUGUGUCAACUUGUUUCCAGGCGGAGAGUCCUUGUCAGGGUGGGCUGCGCUGGGCCAAACUAUUUGGAGCAGCUGAUACUUCCACCAGAGCAGAGACUGUUUCUCAGAGUCACAUUGGAGCACAAACCAGAAGGUACAGGCGACCAUCACAGUGGCUUCAUUUGGACAGAUCUCGGUUUGGACUGUUGGCUCAAUCCAUUAGGUCAAUGAAACUAGUAGGAGCAAAAAUUGACAAAAACAAGGACUUCUGA